CUUGCAGAACAGACGCCAAAAAUUCAGGACAGUAUCAUGAUAUACCUGAAAUCCUUGCACAUGGACCCAUGGCAGUUAGAGCCUACAAUAGAGCUGUGGAUGCUGGGACGGUUGGGGAAAACUCCAUAGUGCCAAUAGUUGUCGUUGGUCCAUCUUGCUCUGGUAAAACAAGUCUACUUAGAUCCCUUCAUGGAGAAAAAUUUAAUCCAUCAGAAGACAGCACCACUGGCGCAAAAAUUCAGCUGUCAUUAUCAAAAGUAGAUGGUGGUGAAUGGGAAAAAAAUGAAACAGAUGAACACAUGAUUUACAAUCUUUGUGCAGCAAAUGAAAUGSUGAAAUGCCUGUUGACAGAACCAGUGAAUUUGAUUAAAGAUGGUCUCAAUAAUUGUGAUGAGACUGAUGCUCAGCCUCACUUCCGACCAGCAUCCGAUUGUGUACAUGAACAUGAGAAUCACAAUAUGAUGAACCAACUCAAUAGCUUUCCCGAGGAUGAAGUUACAGUUCAUACAUUGAAUAUGCUUCAACAUUUUAAUGCAGAAAAAGCUAUGAAAAACUAUCUAUUWUUACACACUUUGGAUUUUGCUGGACAGCCAGUCUAUAGUGUCACCCAUCCAGUGUUCCUUCCUCCAAGAGGGAUUUUCCUUCUAGUCUAUAAUUUGRAAAAUGACUUACAUGCUCAAGCRACUCCUAUGGUAAAAUGUGGAGCAGCAAAAAGAACACUUGAYCAUCAUAAUCCCAUGACAAACAUGGAUGAUUUGGAAUUCUGGUUGUCAUUAAUUGCUGCCAAUUCAACUGAUAAAUGUKGUGAUUCUCCUGUGUUUGUUGUAUGCACACAUGCUGACAAACUCUCUUCACAAGAUGCCAAACAGAUUGCUAGAACMAUUCUUGAUACUCUCACGAGAGAUAAWUUUGCACCUGGACGUCAGGUUGUUCAUGGCAUCUACCUCGUGAAUAACACUGUCUCUGGAARUGGUGGACCWGAAGAYCCUGAURUACAACGUCUUAAAGCUGAUAUAACAAAGAAAGCUCGAGAUCUUCCKCARUGKAAAGAAACUACUGGAAUUCCUAUAAAAUGGUURAGUUUUGCAAAAAAGCUUACCAGUCUUGUCAAUGUAAAUCAAAAGAAGUUCAUCUCUUUUGAAGAUGCCAAAACCAUUGCUAUUGAUUGUAAAAUAGCUGACUCAGAUGAGCUUCAAGUACUCUUGCGUUUCCUGCACGAAYUAAGGAUUAUAAUUCAUUUCCAAGAAAUKGAAAUGAUUAUUAUUGAUACACAAUGGCUGCUCGAUAUGUUCUCUAAAGUUAUAACUGUUCCGCAAAUUGAGYAUCAUGAUGGUUAUCGUGAUGAAUGGAGAAAACUUGAACACUAUGGAGUCAUUGAAGUCAAAUUUCUGGAGUACCUCUGGAGUGAUCUUCUAGGUGACAACACACCAGUUCAGUCAAUAAUUAACUUGAUGGAAAAGUUCUCCCUCAUCUGYAAGCAACAGGAUGGAUCAUAUCURGUUCCUGCUAUGCUGUUGAACGCUCCAGAAUGCCAUGAAUUGAUAAAAGAUGACAAGGCUUCUCCACUGGUAAUUCGAUUUAACAGUUCACACCUUCCCUUUGGCGUUUUUCCAAGACUUUUUGUGGCUGUWUAUAAGAUGUGUACCUCAAAAUGGACAGAUGCAACACCACCAGAUCUCUCAAAAAACUUUGCAAGAUAUUACAUUGCCGAUGACACAUUGAGCCUGGUCUUCAUAUCUGAUGUCCAAACCAUCACUGUUGCAGUGGUCACUGAAGAAACUUCAGGAAGUCCUGUAGAUCAAAGGGAAUCAUUUCUUGAACUCUGUGCUUUUCUGGUGGAGUUUCUGAGAGAAACUUUACCAAAAAUGAUGGAAUCAUUUCCUUGGAUGAAACACUUGGAGUUUGAGUUUGGCAUCCGUUGUCCAAUCUGUGAAGAUGCUGCACCUUGUACAAAACAUAACAAGAUGGWCUGUUCUAGAGAUUCUUGUGCUCACUUUUUAUCAGAAAAGGAACUGUUGAAGCCCCGUUGCCACAAGAACCCAACUAAAGCAAACGUCAUCCCAGAAUCUAGCUACUUGCACUGGUUUCGCAGAGAAGACAACAAAUCUGCUAAAGUCAAAGAAGCACAAAGAGAGUUUCAAGGGCUUUGCUUAGGUUCAGAAGAUGACGCUGUGUGCCAGGAAGUCAUUGCUGCUGUCAAUCAAGUCUCCCUGAAGACGAUUUCACAGGACGAGGUGACUAGAACAGCUAAGAGAAUCUCUGAUACAUUCAACCUUGACAAACAUAGCACAGCCACUCCACCCAAAGAAAUCGUGCAGAAGUGUAGAACAAAUUGCAGAUGGCUGGUCGCGAAAGGAGGGCGGGUCUUUGUGGAAGCUUUACGAAAAGAGCUGCCCAGUGGAAUGACAGGACCUUUGAAAAUUGGAUAUGAUGUUAAAGUACGUGACAUGGAUUCUAAGACAAAAACACUUUUAUCGGAAGCAUUGACAGCUAAAGAAAUGGUGUGGGGAACUUUUGCCAAGGAGAAAGUAGGUUUAACAGCGCACCAGAUUGCCUAUAUAAAAGAGAGAAUACCAAACUGUGUCCUGGAAAUAUUGGACAGGAAUUGUGGACAUUGGACAAUGGAAGAACUUUAUGAUGCCAUUAUAGACAGUGGCGCUGAUGCUAUUGCAGACGAUUUCCUGUGAAAAUGCUMCCAUAAGGCCCGUUUAUACUUGCAAUCUUUGCAGCGCGAUUGUCGCGCGACAAUCGCCACAUUGCUCUCGCGUUCAAAAAUCGCCGCGAGUUGCAGCUAAAUUUCAAACAUGUUCAAAUCUAAGGCGAUUGUCGCGCUACAAUCGCGCUUCAAAGAUUGAAAGUGUAAACGUGCCUAUAUAUGCACUACUGUGGUCUGCUCUAAAAUGUCACCAAACAAAGAAAGAAAUCAGUUAUUUUUGAAAACCAUUUUCAUUGCUAUACAACCGCUCAUAGCUACAAUCGUGGACAUAAAUAGUUGAUAAUUUUUCACUUUGGUACCAGAAAUGCGGUAUCUCUUGUAAGUCAUGCUUAUUUUUCCCCACCCUCCCCUCCCUCCCACUGCAAUGUUGUUGGUACGGGUUCAUGAAUGGUCAGAGUAUGAAAAAACAGCCACACAACAUUGUAUUGGGGGGAGGGGGGACACGGGAAUGCUUUUAUCCACGAGUAGUGUGAGCAAAGUCGUGCGCGCGAUAAAUAGUCGACUUUAGAUAUUUUGGUUCAGUGACCAUGCACAAAAGAAUUGCAGASGAGGCUCCGGGGAAAUAAAACAAUAAAUCAAGAUUAUCCAUUGUUUCCCCGGAGCCUCGUGUGCGUUCUUUUGUACAUAGUCAUCGAACCAAAAUAUCUAAAGUUGACUAUUGUCWACAUUUAUGUCCAAGAUUGUAGGCGUCGUUAAAAUCGAGCAGCCCAGAGCUAAGAGCGUACUGCGAAGGAUGUCGAAAUGUGCUGAUGUAUAUACGUUGCMGAAGGGGAGGUGGAUGUGUUUGAAACGUAUUCGCCCCCUAUAUGUCGAUAGAAGCUCUGAAUUUGAGUGUUCACGGGCUUAAAUAUGCUGAGUUGCAGCGCUUGCAUAUGUUAUUGGCUGAGCAUUACAAUCCCGAGGAUAAAAGAUGUGUUUACUCUAACUCACGCCUCCAAUUAGAGGUAUUUAGAGCAAUGAAAAUAACAUGUAUUAUACAACUUUUCAGUAAAAUCAGACGUUUUGAUU